AUGUAUGAAAUGUCACUCGGGAAAGAUGUAGGGACAAUUAUUCUUCCAAUAUUAACGAUAUGCAGCUUAACUAGUGAGUUUUGCGAUAAGAAUGAGACAAGGAAACCUUUAAAUAUCGAAUUACCGCGUUUAGAAUCAAUGAGUGGUAUUCCCACGACAGAAAAUUCAAACUUAAGAAGAUUAAUUGAUGACUGUCAAGAUUCCUUUGAGAAGGAGGUGGGAAUUCUUAUGAACAAUGAUUUACCCCUUACUUUGGUAGAGGACCUAUUUAAAAGGUAUAAAGAGUUUUUUUGGGAAAAAUACAAGCUAAUGAAUAAUCUCAUUGAUACGCCCCGACUGCCUGAACAUUUGACUUUUGAUGAUCACUGGAUCUUGGAUGACAGCUUGUCACUUGAAAACUUGAAUGAUAUACCAAUGUUACAACCAUACCAACUCUCUGAUUUUGAAAUUACACAAGCAGAAAUCACUACAACCUCCGAUAUAUUGGGAGAGCCAUUGACCAUAGAAUUAAGUGGCUCACAACUAUCUGAACAAAAUACUCCAAUAUUUUCACAAAAUUUUGGAAUUUAUGAUUAUUUGAAUUCUAUUACAAAUGAAAUUGAAUCAUCAACUACUGAUAGUGGGCACAACCGAAGACAUCGUCCAUCAAAAGAUGUUAAAGAAAAACUUGAGCAAAUAUUUACUAAAGUAAAGAACCCCAACAGUGUCGAGCGUGAAUAUAUAGCUAAAAAGUGUAACAUGACGCCAACGCAAGUGAGGAUUUGGUUUACCAAUAAAAGAGCAAGACAAAUAAAAACAAGGGAUACUUAG